AUGUUUCAUGUCAACACGAAUGUUGCCAAUGAACUAGGAGCUGGAAACUCAGGCGCGGCCAAAGCUACUGCAGUUGUCGCAAUCAUAUUUGCAGCUGUUGAAUCUUUUGCCAUAAGCUCUGCUUUGUUCUUCUCAAGCUAUGUUUGGGGCUACGCUUACAGUAACGCACCUGAAGUGAUUCAUUACGCCGCAGAAAUCACACCGAUUCUCUGCGUUUCCAGUGUCAGGCGCCCUAACCGAGGAAGUGGUAAGCAGAAGAUUGGUGCUUAUGUGAAUAUCGCUGCGUUUUACAUCGUUGGGAUUCCAAUGGGACUUGUCUUCUGCUUUAUUCUUGACUUCAAAGUUAAAGUUGUUUUCAUGGUCAGUGACCAAUUCUUUAUUUUCUCUAAAGAGUUUUCGACCCAUCAAUUUGUAUUUGACUUUUUAUGUAACGAUUCUCAGAAAAAGAAAAAGUUGGAUCGGAAGAUGGCAAAAGGUUUCUCCUUGGUGCGAAAGGAGGACAAAAUAGAAGAAAAAGAUUGCAGAAUUAAGAAUUCUGCGGAGAUGAUGAAGAAGGUAAGCUCCAUGGCUGCUCCAAUGGUGGCAGUUUCUGUUUCUCAGUAUCUCCUUCAAGUGAUCUCUAUGGUUAUGGCCGGCCACUUGGAUGAGCUCUCUCUCUCCGGCGUCGCUAUCGCCACUUCUCUUACCAACGUCACUGGUUUUAGCCUCCUCUUUGGAUUUGCAGGUGCGUUAGAGACACUAUGUGGUCAAGCUUUUGGAGCAGAACAAUUUAGGAAAAUCAAUGCCUACACAUACAGCUCAAUGCUAUGUCUUCUCUUGCUCUGUUUCCCAAUCUCUCUUGUUUGGGUUUUCAUGGACAAAGUCUUGGAGGUUUUCCAUCAAGAUCCUCUCGUUUCUCAGCUAGCUUGUACAUACUCCAUCUGGCUCAUACCGGCUUUAUUCGGAUAUGCUAUUCUUCAAUCUAUGACUCGCUAUUUCCAGUCACAAGGAUUGGUUCUACCUCUCUUCUUGAGCGCUCUUGGAGCUCUUUGUUUUCACAUUCCCUUUUGUUGGCUUCUUGUGUAUAAACUAAGAUUCGGAAUCGUCGGCGCCGCUUUGUCCAUCGGUGUUUCGUAUUGGUUCAACGUUGGUUUGCUUUGGGUUUUCAUGAGAGACUCUGCUCUGUAUCGUGAAACUAGGAAUCUUCGGGCACAAGAAAUCUUUUCGAGCAUGAAGCAGUUCAUCGCCCUCGCAGUUCCCUCUGCAAUGUUGAUUUGCCUUGAAUGGUGGUCUUUUGAGCUUCUGAUACUACUGUCUGGACUCUUACCCAACUCAAAGCUCGAAACAUCGGUGAUGUCCAUAUGCCUCACAACGUCAGCUCUGCAUUACGUUCUAGUGGAUGCAAUUGGAGCAGCCGCAAGCACACAUGUCUCAAACGAGCUCGGAGCUGGAAAUCCAAGGGCAGCUCGAGCAGCUGCUAAAGCUGCAAUUUUCCUCGGCGCUUUUGAUGCCUCCUUAGCAGCGAAGGCCAGGGACAGAGUAAUCCAGAUGACACCAGGAUGCAACCAAGAAACAGAAAGCAUAUUAAAAGAGGACGUGCAAGUUUUGUUUCAGGAUUUUUCAGAAAAUGUGUAAACCCAUAUUUCCCACUUGUAAGGGAUCUGACUAUAUGUUUGCGUUUUAAAAUUUCC